GCUUAUAAAUUGCAAGGGCUCGGCUCCCAUUUUUCUUGUAACCGAGCACAAGCUAGCUAGCUAGAUACUUACCAUCUGCUCUCUGGGGUUUGUGAAUUGCUGUGUUCAGCGGAGAAACAGAAGCAAACGACAAAACCAAAGCUUUCAAAUACUGUAUCUUCCUACCUCAGUUUUUGGUCUUUGGUGAUCAUUAACAAAAAAACAAAAAGAUGGGGCAGAUUGUUAACAUUUUGCAUGGAUUAAAGCCUGCAAUGUUGAUGGUGGUGGUUCAGGUUGUGUUUGCUGGGGUUAAUGUGCUGUAUAAAUUGGCUGCAAAUGAUGGAAUGAGCUUGAGGAUUAUCGUUGCUUAUAGGUUCAUAUUUGCCACGGCUGUCAUGAUCCCUCUUGCUCUUAUUCUUGAAAGGAAGAGGCCAAAACUGACAUGGACUGUACUGAUUCAAGCAUUCUUUUGUGGGUUACUUGGGGGCUCACUAUCUCAAAAUAUGUACAUAGAAAGCCUGGCCUUAACAUCUGCAACAUUUGUUUCUGCCAUGACUAAUCUCAUUCCAGCCAUAACUUUCAUGAUGGCCGUCACUAUUGGAUUGGAAAAGCUAGCUUUUGGAACAAUGGCAGGGAGGGCAAAGGUGUUGGGAACAGUGAUUGGAAUCGGUGGGGCAAUGCUGCUCACGUUUUACAAAGGAUUCCAAAUUAAUAUGGGAUCGAAGCAUCUUGACCUUCUACGUCAUGGACGCCACGGGGCUUCAUCACAUGCAGGCUCUGCCCAUCACCUAUUGGGCGCUUUGCUGGCUCUCUGCAGCUGCAUCUCUUACGCCCUGUGGUUGAACAUUCAGGCUAAGAUGAGUGAGAAAUACCCAUGUUAUUACUCAAGCACGGCAUUGAUAUGCAUAAUGGGAGCCAUCCAAGCCGUGGUCUUUGCACUUUGCACAGAAAAAGAUAGGAGUCAGUGGAAAUUAGGCUGGAAUAUCAGGCUUCUCACUGUUGCCUACGGGGGAAUAUUAGCAUCUGGUUUGAUGUUUAGCUUGGUCUCUUGGUGUGUGCGGAUGAGAGGUCCGCUUUAUGCAUCUGUUUUUAACCCUUUGAUGCUCGUCUUGGUAGCCUUUGCAGGCUCAUUGUUUCUUGAAGAAAAGCUCUAUCUUGGAAGCAUAAUAGGAGCAGUGCUAAUUGUGUUGGGGCUGUAUGUGGUGCUGUGGGGUAAAGGCAAGGAGAUGAAGAAGAUGAAUCAGUUAGUCCCAUCAGCAAGCUCCCCUCAAAAUGGACCCAUCGAGAUCAUUGUCACUUCUUCAGCUGAUAACACUUCCAAUAACAAUAAUGUUAUUGCUAGUAAAGAUUCACCAAAGGAAUCUUUAUUCAAUGUAAACAAUGAUUGCAUAAAUUUGGCUUGCAACUUCAGCAUUACUUGUUCCAAUGCAUCAAAAAGAAAAAUGGGGAAGGUGAGUACGAUUUUACAAGGGUUAAAGCCUGCAAUGGUGAUGGUGGUGGUUCAAACCGCGUUCGCUGGAAUGAAUCUGUUGUAUAAGUUGGCAGCAAAUGAUGGGAUGAGCUUGAGGAUUAUCACUGCCUAUAGAUUCGUCUUUGCAGUUCCUGUCAUGGUUCCUCUUGCUCUCCUUGUUGAAAGGAAGAGGCCAAAACUGACUUGGGCCAUACUCUUCCAAGCAUUUCUUUGUGGGUUAUUUGGGGGAGCACUAUCUCAGAAUUUGUACAUUGCAAGCCUGGCUCUGACAUCUGCAACAUUUGUUUCUGCCAUGACCAAUCUCAUUCCAGUCACAACCUUCAUACUUGCUGUUUUUCUUAGAAUGGAAAAGCUAGCUUUUGGAACAAUGGCAGGAAAGGCAAAAGUCCUUGGGACGUUAAUAGGAAUAGGAGGGGCAAUGCUGCUCACAUUUUACAAAGGAGUACAGAUCAAGAUGUGGUCAACACAUAUUGACCUUGUGCAUCAUGGAGGCCGUGGGGCUUCAUCACAUUCAGCUUCUGCCCAUACUCUGUGGGGUGCCUUGCUGGCUUUUACCAGCUGCAUCACUUACACUUUGUGGUUGAUCGUUCAGGCUAAGAUGAGUAAAAAAUACCCAUGCCCUUACUCGACUACAGCUUUGAUGUGUGUAAUGGGAGCAAUACAAUCAAUUGUUUAUGCACUUUGCACAGAAAGAGAUUGGAGCCAGUGGAAACUAGGAUGGAAUGUUAGGCUUCUCACUGUUGCUUAUGCGGGAAUUGUAGUGUCUGGAUUGACAUGUGUUAUGGUCUGUUGGUGUGUGCGCAUCAAAGGCCCUCUCUAUGGAUCUAUUUUCAACCCUCUAAUGGUUGUUUUAGUUGCUUUGGCGGAGACUUUGUUUUUAGGAGCAAAGCUGUAUCUGGGAAGUAUAUUGGGAGCAGUGCUAAUAGUGCUGGGGCUGUAUGUUGUGCUUUGGGGUAAAGGCAAGGAGAUGGAGAAGGUAGCAGCACCAAGCAAAGAAGGGCCAUCAACAAGAUCCCUACCAGGUGAUGAAUCCAUCGAGAUCACUAUCAACUCUCCAAAUGGCAACAGUUCUAAUAACAAUCAAAACAACGUGUAGACCCGCCAAGGUUUCUCCAAGUGGAAAGGAAAGAUGAAGGAGAGAUAAAAGGGGGAGCUAGCAGACAGCAACACAAGAACCUUGAAUGAACUUGUUAGAGUUCGUGGCUGACAAUCAAUAAUUGGUUGAGUCAAACUACAUCAAUUUUGGCAAUUUUUGAUUCAUUACAGAAAUCAUUAUGCCAUUGUAAGUAAUUAUAUCUUUAAAUACCGUUUUCCUAUGCAAGUGCGAACAUUUGUUGGAGCAGUUACAUUAUUAGGAAAUUCAAAGUAGGCGGCUGCCACCGCUUGGGAAGGCCCAUGUGGGGCUUGGCCGCUCUCACUCAGAUGGCAGAUACGUAGUUCAAUGCAAUUUAAUGGGUAAAUUUCAAUCUGUUCCUUCCAUAAAUAAAAAACAACCCCAAGAUUGAAACAAGCAUUCCUUCCUCAAUCUCCUGAUCACUAGGAAAAGAAAAACAAAUCACAGAAAGAAAAAAAAUGGUGAUGAUGAAGAAGAAGAUGAUAGUUGCAGUCCUUAUUUUCUGCAUCAUCACUUCACAGAUGGAAAACGUCGAGCCACAGGUUGAUUGCUAUGACGCUUGUUCCACUGGCUGCGUUCAGAGCAACACGAGGCUUAUGCAGCGUUGUGAACGAAAGUGCCAGAUAAAGUGCGGUCCCGAUUCCAAGCUAGACGGGAAUUUGGGUUAGCUCUUGGAACAUCAAGGAGGCAUCGAAAAUGCAUCGAAUCAGCAUGUAUUUUGAUCUUUAUCUACUUGAUGUCAUUGAAUAAAGCAUAACGCUUCAAUGGAAGAAAUAAAGUUAGAUUAUGUACCCACAAGGAAACAAAAAUUAACUCUUGUAAUUUAUUGUAUGAAUUUUCUAAAGUGUUCGAGAUAAAAUUGAAAAUAAGAUUUAUA